AUGGGUUGCGGCAGAAAGCCCAAAGAGGAGGCCCCGCUCUACGACGAUGGUCCUACCUGUCCGUAUGACAUCAAGCCGUCGGUGCUGUUUGCGCUCAAUGAGAACAAGGAUAUGGCCAAACUGCGGGAGCUCGGCGGUGUCGCCGGCAUCGCGAAGGCCAUCGGCACGCAUCAGCACACCGGGCUCGAUCCCACUGCCAAGGCGGGCUCGCCGGCCAGUGUUGAUGAGCACGCACGAGUGUUCGGCCCGAACAAAUACAAGGAGGUGCCCUCUAAGAACUUCUUCGCGCUAUGCUUCGAGAACCUCAAGGACCCGAUCAUCCUGCUGCUGAUCGCCGCGGCCCUGGUCUCUACCGUGCUGGGCUCGGCUCUGCCCGACCAGCGGAAGGAGGGCGAGUGGAUCGAGGGCAUUGCCAUCUGGGUGGCCGUGCUGAUCGUCGUCGCAGUGGGUGAGCGCCUUCAGCCGGGCUAG